UAUUCCUUUCCACUCUUCUUCAGUUCCGUGAUUGCAUCGGAGGUCUCGCGCAGCUGUGCAAAGAUGGACAAGAUUCGCGCGGACGCUUCCCAACGAUUUCCCGAAAUCAUUGAGCUCAAUGUCGGGGGGCAAGUUUACGUUACGCGCCACUCAACUUUACUCUCCGUGCCCAAUUCUUUACUUUGGACCAUGUUCAGCCAGAAAAAACCGGCGGAACUUACCACCGACAGCAAAGGACGCUACUUUUUGGACAGGGACGGCUUUCUGUUCAGAUAUAUUUUGGAUUACUUGCGGGACCAGACUCUGGUUUUGCCUGAUUACUUCAAAGAGAAGGCGAGCCUUCUUAGAGAGGCAGAAUAUUUCCAACUUCAAGAGCUGGCAAAGCGCCUGAGACUGGCGGUCAGUAAGGAGAACUCCAUCAGCGAGGAGGUGUGCCAGAGCGACCCGGAGGAGGCUGCGCUCGCUGGCAUGAGUAUCUCCAGCACCGGCCCUCGCUCUCCGUCCCUGGACGCGCGAAAAAUCGGCUACAUAACCAUUGGGUACAGGGGCUCCUAUACCAUAGGACGAGAUAUCCAACAGGACGCCAAAUUUAGGCGGGUGGCGAGAAUCACCGUUUGCGGAAAAACAUCCCUCGCCAAAGAAGUUUUCGGGGAGACCCUGAACGAGAGCAGAGACCCCGACAGAUCCCCAGAGAGAUACACUUCUCGGUAUUACCUCAAGUAUAAUUUCCUGGAGCAAGCCUUUGACAGGCUGGCAGAAGUGGGCUUCCACAUGGUCGCGUGCAGCUCCACGGGCACCUGCGCGUACGCGAGUAACGACCCCAGCGAGGACAAAAUCUGGACGAGUUACACCGAGUACGUUUUCAGCAGGGAGUGAAGUGAACUCAGUUUUGGGAACUGUUAUUCAAACACAUUUCUCUGACACUCAACUUUCCAUUCGUUACGCGCCACGAAUGUGUCUUUUUUCACAGUGUCAUCAUGUAGAGACUAUCCGUCGAUGAGCAGACGUUUUGUGCAUAUUUUCUGUGUAAGUAAUAAUUUAAUAAUAGCGGACCUCCAAAUUUGACUUCUGUUCCCACAAUUCAAACAACUGCUUAUAGCAAUUUUCAGUAUUUAAAACAGUAGGAUUGAACUGGGGGACGCACAAAAUGUACUCUGAGUGACACGACUUCUUAAAAUAAAGUUUUGUUGUGUGUGUUUUUUUUUUUUUGUUUUUUUUUAAGUCCAUGACAUUGCUGAUUUAUAUAUAUAUAUAUUUUCUGAGAGUACAUCCAGAAGCUCAACACGGACAACAGAGACAAAAAUAAAAUGUCAUUCCAGUAGUAAAAUAGCAAGCUGUUCCAUAAUGAGUAAAUAUAUACUACUCUCCCCUCUGCUUUUCACUGAACAUUGACAUUUCUGAGAUGAUCAUUUGUUUGCACUCCUAUGUAUUAAUAUUAUUAUUAUGUUUAUUUUUUUCUUAACCAAGAUGUCUGUUCACUUUAUACACAAAAUAAACUUAUCAUGAAAGAUA